AUGGAAUCUGCGAAUACUGGUACGACUUAUGCCACAGAUCAGUAUGAGAAUCCUUACUUUCUUCAUAGUUCGGAUCAUGCUGGUCUCAUACUUGUUUCUGAUCGUCUUUGUACUGGUGCGGAGUUCACUUCUUGGCGUCGUUCGGUUCGUAUGGGAUUGAAUGUUCGUAAUAAGCUUGGUUUUAUUGACGGUACUAUCUUGAAACCAGCUUCAGAUCAUCGAGAUUUUGGAUCUUGGUCCAGAUGCAAUGACAUGGUCUCGACUUGGCUAAUGAAUUCGGUGAGUAAGGAAAUUAGUCAGAGUUUGUUAUUCAUUCCCACGGCUGAAGGAAUUUGGAAGAAUUUAUUGGCUCGUUUCAAGCAGGAUGAUGCUCCUCGCGUUUUUGAAAUUGAGCAGCGUUUGAAUAGUAUUCAACAGGAUGCUUCGGAUGUGACCACCUAUUACACACGUCUUGUUACGCUUUGGGAAGAACAUAAGAACUACGUAGAGUUACCAGUGUGUACUUGUGGAAAAUGUGAAUGCAAUGCUGCAACCUUAUGGGAGAAAUUACAAGAGAGGAGUAGAGUGACGAAGUUCCUCAUGGGACUGAAUGAUUCUUACGAUGCUACUAGGCGACAUAUCUUGAUGUUGCAACCAAUACCGACUAUUGAGACUGCCUUCAAUAUGGUGACUCAUGAUGAGAGGCAUCGUUCCAUCAAGCCUCUUCCUCGGUCGGAUAACGUUGUUUUCCAGACAACUGGCUUGGCUCCUCUGCUUCCACAAGGUUAUCAAGGCCUAGUUGAUAAUGCAGCUAAUGCGGUUCAAGGUGGAUAUCGCUCUCGCCCACCAAAACCUGUUUGUACCCAUUGUGGACAAACUGGCCAUGUUAUUAACAAAUGUUUCAAGCUUCAUGGAUACCCUCCAGGUUACAUUCUAGGCUUCAAGAGCUCUCUCUCUAACUCUCAGUCUCAGAGACAUCUAGCUCCAUCACAGCCUUCUCAACCUUGA